GACUGGCUACCCGGCAGCAUGGCGGGACUGGAGCUGCUAUCUGACCAGGGCUACCGCGUGGAUGGGCGGCGUGCAGGAGAGCUGCGCAAAAUUCAGGCGCGGAUGGGCGUGUUCACGCAGGCCGACGGCUCGGCCUACAUCGAGCAAGGCAACACCAAGGCACUGGCGGUGGUCUACGGGCCGCACGAGAUCCGGGGCUCCAGGGCACGAGCCCUGCCCGACCGGGCACUGGUCAACUGUCAGUACAGCUCGGCGACCUUCAGUACCGGUGAGCGCAAGAAGCGGCCACAUGGAGACCGCAAGUCCUGCGAGAUGGGCCUACAACUACGCCAGACCUUUGAUGCCGCCAUCCUCACCCAGCUGCACCCGCGCUCCCAGAUUGACAUCUAUGUGCAGGUGCUGCAGGCAGAUGGUGGGACCUACGCGGCUUGUGUUAACGCAGCCACCCUGGCAGUGAUGGACGCUGGCAUACCCAUGCGGGACUUCGUGUGCGCCUGCUCAGCCGGCUUUGUGGAUGGCACAGCUCUGGCAGACCUGAGCCACGUGGAAGAAGCGGCUGGGGGCCCUCAGCUGGCCCUGGCCCUGUUGCCAGCCUCCGGCCAGAUUGCACUGCUGGAGAUGGAUGCCAGGUUGCACGAGGACCACCUGGAGCAGGUGCUGGAGACCGCUGCCCAGGCUGCUCGGGACGUACACACCCUGUUGGACCGCGUGGUCCGGCAGCAUGUGCAUGAGGCCUCCAUCUUGCUGGGGGACUGAGCACUGGCCACCAGGCCCUGAAUAAAAUUCUAUUCUGCUGCCCACA